AUGUCCGACGGAAGCACUCAGUCCGCCGAAGAGGCGCUCUUUAAGCCAUACGACCAGUUCAUUCUGUUCGGCGACUCGAUUACGCAGAUGUCUGCUAAUCAGAGUCUGGGGUUUGGAUUCCAAGCUGCGUUGCAGGAUGCUUAUAGUCGCCAGUUGGAUGUGAUCAACCGCGGAUUCGGUGGCUAUAACACGGCGCACGCCAUCAAGGUGUUCCCUAAGUUCUUCCCCAAGCCAGAGACAGCGACUGUUAGAUUCAUGACCAUCUUCUUCGGAGCCAACGACGCCACUGUCCCCGGAAAUGUCCAGCAUAUUCCCGUUGAAACAUACAAGGAGAACCUGAGGCAGAUCAUCCAGCAUCCCGCGACAGUCGCGCAGAACCCGCGCAUCUUGAUUCUCACCCCGCCGCCCGUGAACGAGUACCAACUGGAGGGGUUCGAUGUCGCAAAGGAGACUCACCACCCAAGCAGAACCGUUCGUCAGACGGAGCUGUACUCGGAGGCAGCUCGCGAGGUUGCCGCUUCGUUGAACAUCGUCACGGUGGAUCUCUGGGCUGCGUUCAUGACUGCUGUGGGCUGGAAAGAGGGAGAGCCUCUGAUCGGGUCGAGGGAUGCGCCGAACAAUGAGAAGCUCCAGAGCUUGUUCACGGAUGGGCUGCAUUUGACUGGCGACGGGUAUCGUCUUGUAUAUGAGGAGGUAAUGAAGGCCAUCAAGGCUAAUUGGCCUGAUCAGGAUCCUGAGGUGUUGCCCAUGGUCUUUCCUGCGUGGACGGAGGCCCCGAAAUGA